UUGGUGGCCGGGCGCGGAGGUGAUUCCACACUGAGGAGAGCGCGGCGGCAGGGGCGGCAGUGGCAGCGUUCGUGUGCUCGGGACUGAAUCACCGAGGGAGGAGGCGGUGGAGGAAGAGGUGGCAGCGGUGGCGGUGGUCGUAGCUGUGGCGGAGGAGGCGGGUACGAAUCAGCUGCGGGCGGAGACAUGGCCAACAUCGCGGUGCAGCGAAUCAAGCGGGAGUUCAAGGAGGUGCUGAAGAGCGAGGAGACGAGCAAAAAUCAAAUUAAAGUAGAUCUUGUAGAUGAGAAUUUUACAGAAUUAAGAGGAGAAAUAGCAGGACCUCCAGACACACCAUAUGAAGGAGGAAGAUAUCAACUAGAGAUAAAAAUACCAGAAACAUAUCCAUUCAAUCCCCCUAAGGUCCGGUUUAUCACUAAAAUAUGGCAUCCUAAUAUUAGUUCUGUCACAGGGGCUAUUUGUUUGGAUAUCCUGAAAGAUCAAUGGGCAGCAGCAAUGACUCUACGCACGGUGUUAUUGUCAUUGCAAGCAUUAUUGGCAGCUGCAGAACCGGAUGAUCCACAAGAUGCGGUAGUAGCAAAUCAGUACAAACAAAAUCCUGAAAUGUUCAAACAAACAGCUCGACUUUGGGCACACGUGUAUGCUGGAGCACCAGUUUCUAGUCCAGAAUACACCAAAAAAAUAGAAAACCUAUGUGCGAUGGGCUUUGAUAGGAAUGCAGUAAUAGUGGCCUUGUCUUCAAAAUCAUGGGAUGUAGAGACUGCAACAGAAUUACUUCUGAGUAACUGAGGCCUAGAGAGAGCUGCUGAUAGUCAAACUUGCCUCUUCUUGAGGAGCACCAACAUCUGUUAUUUUUAGGAUUCUGCAUAGAUUUCUUUUAAACUGGCAAUCUUGCCUAAUGAUGUUAUCUAGGCACCAUUGGAGACUGAAAAAAAAAAAUCCCUGCUCUGUAAAUAAAGCUAAUUAAACGUCUGUGUAAAUUUAAAAAGGGGAAAUACUUUAAUUUUUUUUUUUCAUACUUAAUAGUGUAAAGAUUCUUUGAGCUAAGCUAAAACCAUGGAAAAAACAUGCUACUUUAGUGUUUAGCAGUGUAACAAGACUAGCAAGAGUUUGCUUCAGGAUUUUGUUGAAUAAUUAAGAUAAUAUUUUGAGUGUGUCAGGGCCAUUCAAAUUGUUGGUGUUGCAUCACAGCUACCUUAACUGUUUUUAACAUGGAUCCUCUGUGCCUGUGAAUUUACUUGCAUGCUUGUACUUGACUUCUUAGGAUGGGUAGCUGAAAAGACCACCAUUUUAAGCAUUAGAAAAUUCUUAAAUAUGAGAUUUAUCCAGAAUUGAAGAUGGUGACCUAUUCAGAGCCUUUAUGUCCUGUUGACAGACUGGGACACUGUAUCUGUUUUCCCCCACUUACCAAACACAGCUAAUAUUCUGAUGGUAAAUUUCUCUGUACUUGGUGGGGAAAUGUGCUGAGGGUCAGUAUCCCUUACUCCAAUUUUAGGAAUGUUUUGUCACAGUUUUUCAAACACUCUUGUAAGAAUGUAAAAAUGGGACUGGCAAUUUUCUCUUGCAAAACCAGUAAAUACUUGAUGUUGCAGUAUUCCCAGAUUUAAGGAAAGAACCCAACUUAGAUUUUCAGUGAAUUUGACAUUGAUUUUAAUUUUUAAUCUAAUGAAAUUUUUUGUUGAGAACUUAGAAAGAUGCAAUGAAUUAUUUCGGUAGUUUUUAGCCUAAUCCUUGGGCUUCAUAGAGAUUGUUUUAUCAGAUACUUUAAAAGUCACUCUUGCUUGCACUUCCCCAUAUUAACACAUGAAAGCUGUGUUGGUGUUUUAUUGUACAUAUUUCAAAUGCACAUAGGAAUAGAAGUGUUAUAAAUCUAGCUUUCUUUAUGAUGUUUCUGAUAAUAUGAGAAUUGAAAACUUUACCUUGUAUAUAGUCAGACUUUCUAUUCGUAUUAAAGUUACAUUUCAUGCUAAGUUCAAAAGUUUGAAAAUUAUUAGUUUUGCAAGCUCAAACACUUAAUUUGACCAUUUUAUGAAGGUUGAAGUAGAUUUAUGCAGGCAGUUCUAUACAUAGAAAUACAAGUCUUAUUCAAUUUUCAGGACCAAUGCAAAAUAACAAAAAUGUAAUGGAAUCAGACUGAAUUAAAGUAAGGCUGUAUAUUGAAAAUCAUAUAUAAGGUUUGCUUUCUUCAAGUGUUAUUUAUCUUAAAUUAUAAUCGUUGAAGUGUUUGGAAAUAAUUUUUGAACCUAUUAAGUCAGCAUAACUUCAUUUGACUUUUCAAUAAUCUUGAUACUAGAAGCAAUAAAAGAACCAUUAUUAAAUAUA